CCUGGAUGGUCUUCCCCCGCGCCCUAUGGUUCAGUCCAAGAUGGCGGCCACCAUGAAGAAGGCGGCUGCAGAAGAUGUCAAUGUUACUUUCGAAGAUCAACAAAAAAUAAACAAGUUUGCUCGGAAUACGAGUCGGAUCACAGAGCUAAAGGAGGAAAUAGAAGUGAAGAAGAAACACCUCCAGAAUUUAGAGGAUGCCUGUGACGACGUCAUGUUGGCAGACGACGACUGCUUGAUGAUUCCAUACCAGAUCGGAGACGUUUUCAUUAGCCACUCUCAAGAAGAAACCCAGGAGAUGUUAGAGGAUGCAAAGAAAACUUUGCAAGAAGAGAUCAAUGCCUUAGAGUCCAGAGUGGCGUCCAUCCAGCGGGUGCUGGCCGACCUGAAAGUGCAGUUGUACGCGAAGUUCGGCAGCAACAUAAACCUGGAGGCCGACGACAGCUAAAGCUUUUAUAACACUUUUUUUUACCUUGUUUCAAUAAACUUGAAUAUUGUCUUAAAUGAUAAUUUCCCUUCUCCAAAUGAAACAAAAGGAAAACUUUCUUUUUUAAAAAUUUUCAUUUAAUUAAUGGAAACGCCUAUUUUCACAUGUCUUGCUUAUUUAUUUUAUAUUUUUAAAAGAAGACAGUAUUCAUGUAUGUAUUUUGCAUAAUGAUUGUAUCAAUUUUAGGAGCUUUAUGUCAUGUUAUUAAAAUCGGUUAAACAGUC